GUAGAAACCCGACUUCAACACCUUAUUUUACUUUCGAUACACACGAUUUAUUGCAUCAAGGUACGAAAAUACACGAGUGACGAGCAGUGCAGUAUGCCUCGGUGCCACAUCUUCGCCCAUUGACCCUGCACAUGAUUUAGUGGAACCUAGGUCCACCUAAGUUUUCGGCCAUGGAUGCAGAUGUUAUGGUUGAGAUAGAGGAAGUGAAAGCACUGCUGGACACAAAUACUGCUGCUGAAAAUGUGAAGUGUUCAGAUAUCAUUGAACGGGUGGAAGCAGUAAGAAAAAUAAAACAUGAUAAUGCUGUUAGAAAUAUGAGGGCAGGUCUCAAUCAGCUGUGGAUGGAGUUUGCAUCUGUAGUGGAUUCCCAGUGCAAGCAGCUAUCGUCACGACUAAUGGACAACCUUGGCCAUGUCCAGCAGCUGUCAAGUGGUUUACAAGAGGAAAAGUCUUGGAAUCGUAAUCAAUUAGAACAUGUUUGGGAGGAGAUAGCUGCUGAAUUCACAGAGAGAAGGAAGUGGGUGGAUAACCUUGAUGAGGCUCUCACUGCUAUGGAAUCCCACCAUACGACUCGGGUAAGAGCAAUUCUGAAGACAAGCUACAGUGAGCUACAUGUUAUUUCACACCUGAUGCCCAACCAACUACACUGGUUCAUGGAUAGAGAGGCUCAGACCGCGAACACACAGCUGCUGCGCCAGCGACGCACAUUCGCCGAUCUGAACCUGAUGCUGGUGACAAGUGAAGCUGAGCUGGAGAGGAGCGAUCACAAUUCAUGGAAGCUGGCGCUGGAACGCUGGCAGGCACAGGAGAUUCAGGAUGUGGUGCAGGUGUUCAGCCAGUUUAUGCAGACGGAUGAUGUGACCAAGCCGGCAGCCGUCACGGACGCCUUGCUGGACAUGGCCAUGGAACUGACCGCUCUGGCAGACAGGAGGCGAGAGGUGGUUCAGGCUAUUGGUCAGCUACAACCGCCGGCCGCCUGUCAAAUGCACGCGGUGCAGCUCUGCGAUACUCUCAAGGACAUUUCAGAUGACUUUCAGCUGGCUGUGCAGAGGAAUCUAGAGACGCUACACGGGAUAUACGAAGCCGUGUGUAAGAGCUGCCUUGAUCGAGUGGACAGACUGCUUCAUGACCUCAUAAGCUGUGGGUGCUGCACCGAUACAGAGGCCAAACUCCUUGUCAAAGAACAGGUAGGCGAGCAGGAAUUGGAUAUAGUUUUGGACAAGCUAAGGCAGUCGAGUGGUGAGGCUGAUCUCAACCAGCAGCUGAAAGUAGCUACACAACUCCUUGACAGCAUCCGAGAAGAGCACAAAAAGAUGAGCUACAGGAAGGUGCAUCUGAUCAAGAGGCACCCGCGUGACAUAGAUGGUGACGUGGUCCACUAUGAGAGCGCCAUCUAUAGCUACUUUUCUGUAGUUAAGGAGGAAGAAUUACAGGACGUAGAUGGUGUGCAGGAGGUGUCUGCCCGUGAGACCAUUGUCACGUCUAGAGGCACUGUCUUCCAUCGCCUGGCCAGCAAUGAAGCUGCAGUGGUCUCUAUGGAGCAGCUCGAUGAAAUGGCUUACAACGAAGAUGACCCCAUAACAGAGCCUAAGCCAUCCGUGCCAGAGGACAUAGUUGACAUUGCAAUCGGCGACGGGGAAGCAGAGAGCACAACAGAGCAGAUCAGAUUUGGCUUCCUGGAUCACACAGAGACGUGGAGAGACGAAACGCUGCACCAGGCUGCCGAGUUUGUUUCAGUUAGAUUAGAACAGUGUGACGCUGAUCUGAAUUUGAAGCUGCAGCUGCAUGAUGCUAGGAAGGGUCGUAUCGAACAAGACAUCUACCAAGUUCGUUUGGCUGAGCUACACACUCACGGUGACAGAGUGAGCACACACUGUAGAGGCGUGCUGGCCGCACUGGCUGAGGUGAGGCAGGGGCUAGCGGUUACGACCAGCAGCCUGGACGACGCGAUGCUAGCCUUCAAGCUGAAGGUCGCAGAGAAGGGCAAGACCGUGGCAGCAGCCGCGAAAUCCGACGAACUACUGCAAGUGCAGGAACUUGUGAAGGAAGACAUGAGAAGUCACAUGGAUUUGGUCAGACAAGAACUUAUGCACUAUAGGCAAGAUAUAGAGGCAAGUUUAGGCAAACUUCACAGAUCCAGUGCAGAAUUCCUCAAUAACAUAAGGCUGUUUAGUGAGGGCGGUAACUAUUGUACGGAGGAGACAGACGUCAUCAGAACACGACUUGAGAAGGUCUCACAUCAGCUAAACACUGCUGAGAAUGCCCUCUGUGGUGACCUUGAGGAUGUGCAAAAUGCCCAAGACACAAAAUCGAGAGCCGCCAUCGCUGAAUUCGUCGACAAGCUGAAGAACCACAUGGCUGACUUGGUGUUUGUGGAAGCCACCGCGAAGCUGCUUACCACCACCCAGAUCGGCAUCAAGUCUGAGGUGGCGAGCAGCAACAGCCAGGCUGCUCGUCUCAUCGCUGUCAUCGAGGAACUAACGAGCAAGCUGAGUGGUGAUGAGCCACUAGGGAGAGAGCUGCUAGAUGUGGAUUUACCAGCAGCGGUGGCAAUGUGCACGACUCGAUGUGAGUUUCUCAACUGCAAACAAGAGGCAUCAUGUGAGUGCGCUAGCCAGUCGACGUUGACAGCGAUGCCCGCUGUACAGGAGCCAGAACCUCAUGCCACUGAGCAGUACCAAGGCACUAAGAGAAUUUUGGCCAUUGAAGACCCAUCAAUCGCAGUUAUACAGGAACUUACAAGGAUCCCGUCAUUCGGAGAGAGGGAGGAGCAGGUUGGGUUCCAGAAGAGCAAGGUGAUGCUUGCCAUCCAGUCGUGGCUUCCUCCUACAAGCACUACGUCCAACAGCCGUCCUGCAUCCACACCAGAGAAGAAGAAGCAGCAUAAUCUCGCUCAGCCAUCUAGGCUUGGGAAGCCAGCAUCCAUUCAGAGCAGUUACAAAAUGGAGAAGAACUCAUACAGUGGUCGAGCACAGCGGCGGAGCAACAAGUACGACAGGAAGUACCAAGUAUUUGGGGAACAGCAGGAAGAUGGAAACUAUUUUCUCGUCCUCAUUCGCAACCUGUUGAGGAAAAACCUGGACAGUCUGCUGACUGCUACUCACCUAUACUACAGACAGAAGGGACUACGUGCGGUCACACGACCUCGCAUGAUAAAGGAGACACAGGAGCAGUGCUGUGAGCUUCUCGUGGAGAAAGCGUUGUUGUACUACAGUCAGGCUCUCACCUACAACAACGAAUGCCUGCAAGAGUUCCGCGAUCAGCUGACAAAACUGGAGAGCCUCAGCGGUCGGCUUGCCGAACGAGUCAUUGAGGAGACUGUCACUGCUCAGCGGUCAGCAGUGUCCACAAAAAUCAAUCUCCUCCUCUCUCAGUUAGAGGAGAAGAGGAUAGAGUGGGUAACCGAGCGACGGGCCCUACAGUCCAGCCUGCGGCCGACGCUUGGACAUCCCAGCAAUGCUGACCGCCUGUCUGAUUUAUGCAAACAAGAGAGCAGCAGGAGUCAUCGAUUUACUGACAACCUUGAGCAGCAUUCGACAACAAUAAAGGAGGAUGUGACGACGGCAGCAGAUGACCUUGUGACCUUGCUAGCUGGCAUGACUGAGAGACUAGUGGAGGUGUUAGACAGCAUACUGACUCCCAGCGAUGUCAUGGAGGCAGAUACGACUCCAGCCCCACACACCACUGCUGACCUUCUCACACCCUUAAACAAGGGUUGUAGUCGAAAUAUGUUGCCGCAAGAAUCGGAACUGGAUGUGGUCCCCGAAGGAAAGCUGCCUAAUUCUACUAGUAAAGGGCACCAAUCUGGCAAGUGGCCAGGAUUGACUUUCCUUGUAAGAGAGGAAGUGUCAGCAGAGGUUUUCACAGAGAAUUGUACGGAGAGUCAUGUUGCAACUAUCAGCGCCAGAGACAAGGCAUACAAGGAAGUGCAGGAAUGGUUUGUUGAGCAGACGUCUCACCACAUGAAGCUCGUACAGCAGCUCCACCUGGAGGAAUCACAGUGGACUAAAACGUGGCAGAAUUCUGUUGCCAGUCUGCAAAAGCUAUUCUGAUCUGAACAGAGAAAUUGCGUUUACUUACUCACGUGGGAUUCUUCUCUGGUAUGUCCAAACAACACACUAGUACUACUUAACCACUACUUGUGCAUAUUUUAGUCACUGACUACAAUUCGAAAUGUAUCAAAAACAUCUAUUAAACAUAUAACUGAGAACU